AUGGAGAGCGGGUUCUGGCCAACUCAGCAUACGGAGAUAGCCGAUGCUCUUUUUCGGAAUGUCCAGUCAACCCAAGAACCGACUACAACGGGGCCGAAGAAGCCCAAGAUUGCAUUGCUCACACAGACAAUUGUUCCCAGCCCGACAAUUCAAUUCGUCUUGCCUGCGCGGCUACGGAGUAGGCUCCAGAACGAUGUUGUCUUUGUCGGAGAGAGAUCGCUAGUCCUGCGAGAAAUUGUUAUGGGAAGCUAUCUAGAAGACGUUAGCGUAAAAUCGGACUUUGACGCAGAUAUAAUGGCUGUCAAGGCCGUCUCGCUCUAUGGUGACAUGCCUCUGGAUGUUCAGAUGCGAUUAGGAAUACAGGAAGAUUCUUCUGGACCAGCAUACACAAAUGAGGAUUUGCCGGAUCAUAUUUUAGUCCUUACACUGGACUCCAAAGAAUUGGUCUUCUUAUAUUACCGUGAUGACUUCGAGAAACAAAAUGGUCGGUUUACACACUUUCGAAGACCUUUGCCAUCAGAUGUGAGCAUCGUGGAAAGGUUUGGCCGCCACUUAGCCGUGGACCCUAAAUCUCGUGCUAUUGCCGUUGCUGCUCCGGCAAAUUUCUUUGGGGUCUUUUUACUCAAGUCUCCUGGAGAUCUUCUGUCUCAAAUUAAAGAGCAGACCUUAGAUCCAAUUUUUGAGGAGAGAUUCUUUCGUCUUGACGGAGACAUCCUUUUCAUGGAGUUCCUCUAUCCAGAAGCAGACAACGAGAAUAAGAUCAUUCUCCUCUUCGUCAUCUCUAAAGGCUCUGAUACAUUCGCCGUAUGUUAUGACUGGGAUUCUGCAGACACGCUUCGUCAGGCUCGCCCAAAAGUGAUUCUGAAGAAACUUCCUGAGGUUUGUAGAUUGCCUAGUUUGAUUAUCCCGUUGACAAAAUCCACGUCCUUUUUGAUUGUGACUACCUCGUUGCUCAUCGUGGCCAAUCAUUUUACAAGCUCGGACAUGAAAUUCAAAAAGUGGCCAACUCCUGAAACCGACUCAAGCUUGCCUAUGACAUGGGCGAAAUGGGCUCGUCCAUACCGGCACCAAAAAUACAACAACUCCCACGAUGAUAUUUACCUUUGCCGAGAAGAUGGAGCAAUUUUUUAUGUUAAUAUCGAAGAUUAUGGUUUAACUAUCCUUGUUUAUGCACUUGGCUCCCUUGGUUGUGAUGUGGACGGGGCUUUUGAUACAAUUGAUUUCAGCGAUCCCAGCCACGGAGGCGACCUACUCAUAGCCGCCGGCAAUACGGGAAAUGGAGGGCUAUUCAUCACAGAACCAAGGCAGAAUCCUACCCGUGUUCAAAAAUUUGAAAACUGGGCUCCAAUUCUUGAUACCGCUUUAGUGCCUCCUUCGCAACAGCCAGCCCAGCACGAGCACUCCAUGAAAACACACGUAAAUGGAAACGGCCGUCUCUAUGCCUGUUCAUCAUGCGCAAAUGGUCGAGGUGCAGUGAAUGAAUUUCGAUAUGGCUACGAAGCUCAGAUUGGGUGGAUCGUUUCUCUCGAAGAUUUAUCCAGUGCACGGUCUAUUUGGUGCAUACCUGAUUUCUCUGAUGAAGGGACAUACUUGCUUAUUUCUGAUCCUAUUACCUCAACACUUUUGCACCUUCCCCGUAGCAACGGUGGCGAAAUUUACGCCAUUGAUGACCUAAAUUCGGCGUUAGACACAUCUGCUCAGACACUGGCGGCAGGCUACACGCCGGACGGUGUCCUUGUGCAAGUGACAAGCAACUCUGUGUGCCUUGCAGUCCCUGAAAAUCCGUCGUUGAAACACGUUUCUGGUUUUCAAAUCGACCAGGCUAUGCUCAUUUCAUCGGUCAAUGGCAAAUUAGCACUAUUUGCUGUUGUUCUCGGGUCUGACCACGGAAUUGCACUGAAAAUAGGCAAAAUAACAUUGCUUGAUGGUUGUCUCAGCUCCAAUUAUCUUGGAGAUAUACUCGACCUAAACGAAGUACCAACCUCUUUGUUGGUUGAAGAAAUCAACAACGACAUUUUCAUAUUCAUUGGUUCAGGCGAGGGUCAUAUUGAUUGUUAUCAGCUACUAAACUCUGAAACACAUUUCAUCGGCCGCUAUGCCUUGGAGUUGAAUGAUAAUGACCUUUUGAAAGUAAUAGACAGCAUGGUGCUUCUUACUUGGCCGGGUACGCAUCAUGCAACUUUGUUCUGUGGGCUUCGGAGCGGCAUACUGGUGCCCAUUGAUGUUCAAUUCACCGUGGACAGCCCCGAGAAAACAAUGGAUACAACCCAGCAUCCUUACAUCAGACUCGGCCACACUGUUGUCAAGCUUAGCAGAAAAGAUAAAGGCGUACUGGCUACUUGUGGAAGUGGCUUUUGGUGCAUUUCGGACAUAGAAAAAACCGAUGCGUCUAAUUUUGAUCUGAAUGAAGUUUGGAUUACGGACCAAGACAAUUCCGCAUAUGUUCAGAAAAGUAUCGAAGUUUUCACUGUUGUCGAUGCACCACUCAAUUCAAGCUCUACGGCGUUGGAUGGCUCAUUGGUUUGCAUUAGCGAGGGACAGCUUCUCAUAUGCACCUUGGAUCGACGCGCCAAGCCCAUUCCUCGAAAAAUUGACGUUCCUGGCUGCGCCAACAGGAUAGCUUAUUCACAGUAUUUGCAAAGCCUCAUUGUUGCUUAUACCGCCACGGAGACGGUGAAAAUCCCCGGAACAGGCAAUUCGAAUCGAUACACACGUCCUUAUUUAGAUUUUAUCGACCUGGAAACGCAUCGUUCGGGUUUGUCAUCCUCACGGGAAGGCUCGCAAGAUAACAGCGCUCCCCAGCCUUGGAGACCCUCUGGAUCAUCUGGCGAGAAAAUAACAUGCAUGUUGGACUGGACUCCUGAACACGAUGGGCACAAAUAUCAUUUCGUUGUGAUAGGUACCGCACGGAGAAGUCAAGAAGACAAAGGCCGAAUAAUAUUUUUGCACGCCAGACGCAGCACUGUUAACCCUGGCCAGAUUGAAUGUUCAGUAAAGUAUAUUCAUCCAUUCGACGGCCCAGUACGUGCUGUUGCCGCAUAUGGUGAAUGUACUUUGAUGGUGGCGGCUGGGAAUGACAUUAUCCCAAUCGAGCCAGACAUCCCCAAAAGGAAAAAGCAGUGGGUUCCGUCAGCCCGGUACAAGUUGACUUCACCGGGUGUUUCGAUUACAGUGCAUGAUACGUUCCUCUACGUCAGCACAGCUCGAGAAUCCCUAGUGGUGCUCCAAGUUGUUGAAAAUAAACUAGAGCUUUACGCGCAUGAUGGAGCGAGGUAUGAGAGCCUUUCUCAUCAGCGUAUUGGCGGCGAGUCCAAACUUGUUCUUGCCAGCACAAGAGGGGGCAAACUAAGUCUUUUCUCCGAGACUGGAAUCACAAAUACAGAUAAGCUGCUUACUCCAGCAGUCGCCGAAGCCAAUAUGCCCCUUUCGGUCAUCAGACUAAGCCCAUGUACUACAGCUCACCCCCUGCUCCCUACUACGACGGUCACACAUGGGGUUACAGUAGAUGGCACAAUCUAUCAAAUCAUGACCAUCAACGAGAAGGAAUGGCAAUUACUUCGCUUUGUUCAGAACCUGUGCAGCAGAGACUCUCUCGUAUCCCCUUUCCUGUCUGCAAGAAAGAAGCGGUGGACAUGGACGGAUAUCAUGCCACAGUCCAACAAACCAUCGCAGAUGCAUGUUGAUGGCGAUAUACUCUCACGCCUUGUCAAACACGGCGCAGAUCGUCUACGGGAGAUGCUAGAUGGUGAUGAGACAAGAUCUCUUCAGGCGGAUGCAUCGGCUGCCCUACCUCUCAGGACCUGUAUGGAGGUUUUUGAAGACAUGUUCCGUGAAGUGUUUGGCGAUAUUCCUUCGCAUCAUAACACUAUCUCGCAUUUUAUGAGUUGGCUGCAGAAACUGUUGCGGCGUCGAAUAUGA